CCGGGUUCUGGUCGCACCUGUUCCUCAGGUGAGUUCGGAGCUCCGACGGUCCAAACAGUUCAGAAGCUUCUCUGCUUCCGGCUGCUGGUCUGCGCCAAGACUUUCACAAUAAAAGCCUGAUGACAGCAGAACCAGAACCUACUCGGGGUUCUGCAGAUAAAACCGAACUGGGUUCUAAGUUCUGCUGUUUAUAACUCCAGUAACAGUUCUGGAGAGACAACAGAACCGAAUCAGAACCUAACGACAACAAGCUGCGGUCUCAUAAAGUGCAUAAAGGUGGGAAACCCAGGAUGACAAGAAUAAAUAUAUUAAAUGAAAAAAUGUCCAAAAUGACUCGGUCCUGGUCACCGGGCAGCAGGCCGAGCGGAACCAGGACUCCACACCGGUACCAGCCAGUAACACGAGAGGCGACGGAUUAGACCAGGACCAGACAUGCAGAACCAGAACCGAUCCAGCACUGGUUCUGUUUGGGCUUCAGACAUUGUCAGCUGAUUUUUUUGUUUGUUUGUUGUUUGGACCUUUAUUUCUCCAGAACCUUUAACGGGUCAGAAGUUCUACAGAAUCCAUUUGAUUCUGUUACAGAAAACUUCUGUUUGGGUCGACCAGAACCAGAGGGCGGUCCUGCAUGCGGAAGAACCUGGUGGUCAGGUUGGGACUGGUAUCGGUACUGCCUGCUCAUCUCUAGAUGAUCAUGAUUGGACCUGUUUCCUUCUGGACCAGGUCCACCAGAACCAGGAGUUCUCAGGUUCUGACCCGGCUGACAUUCAUCAUUUAGAUAAAAACUGAAGCUUGACAGAAAUGGAAAGUUCUGGUUCUGGACUGGUUCUGAUCCAUUAUACAGCUGCUUAAACCCAUUUAGUUGCUGUGAUGGUUCUGGAGGCCCAGGAGACAUCUGCAGGUUCUGGUUCUGUUGCCCCACAGGUGGUAUUCGUGCUGGGUUCUGGUUCUGAUUCCAAAACGUCAGAAGGAUCGACAUCAAUCGGAACCAAUCCAGAACCGGUACACGACCUUGGUUGUGGGUCGGUCCAGAUCCUGGUUCAGUUGGUUUCAGAACCUGUUAGAAUUCCUGCAGGUACCAGAGAGCAGGUCGGACCGGAUCCAGUUAGGCGGUGACUCCGCCCCCUUUUGGUGCAUUUGACUAUGAAUUUCCUGUAUCGUAAAUGUUUAUUUUGAAGCAGUUAUCGGUUCUUCUCAGUUAUUAUUGGUUAUCGGUUAUUAAUUAUUACUUGUUGGUGUCGGUCUCUAAUUUGAACUCUAAUUUUUUGAUGUCAGUUUUUUAAACCAAGCUGCCACUCACAACAUGUCCACUUCUCUGCCCUGCUGUUUUUAUAGUCUGUUGCCAUGGCAGCAGCCUCUUGGCUGUUGACCUUCAUGCAGCUCACAUCUGAACAGCGUCAGCAGAACCAGACCGCUGUGAGCGCGCUCAGUUGGCUCAACAUGACCAUUUCCUGUCACAGCUGAUCAAUAAUAUCCUCAUUAUCAAUAAUCAGCAUCAUAAACACUUCUGGUGUCACAGCACCUGCUCCUCUUUGCAGUUACACCAGUCACCAUGGCAACCAUCCAGAUCCACUGUCACCGGCCACAUUAAGGUUGUCUUUGAGAUGUGGGAGACAUUUACUUUGAAAGUCCCAUAAGGAAGUGGUUCCACCUCAGUGACCUCCAUCCUGCUGCUAUCACCAUGUCACACCUCUACCACUCUGACAGGGUGCUAAUUAACCACACACACACACACACACAUACACACACACACACAUUUGCGUGGCUAUAUUUGUGGGGACUUUCCAUUGACUUCCAUUCAUUUCUACAGCUUAACUAACCAAAACUCAAUUCAAAUCUGACCUCUGACCCUCUUAUGGGGACCAGGCUUUGGUCAUAGGGAGCAAUUGGUCCCCACAACGUAGUAUGUCUCAGAAAAAUGGUCCCCACAAGGAAUUACACACACACACACACACACACACACACACACACACACAGUCCCCCCCACCAUCUCCCCUCCAAGGUGAUCUGGACCCGCUGGUCGAUUUGAGCUGAUGGAGCUUCGGGACGAUGAUCAAUACCUUCUGUGAGGAGGAAGAGGAAGAGGAGGAAGAGCUGACAAGAGGCAGCUUCUGUCCCGGGCCGGCUUCCGGUGCAGCUGCCCACCUGCACGCACCUUGACGCAGCUCACAGGCCAGUCGGCAUGACAACGCGCUCUCCAGGGCAAACCGGGAACAGCUGAUGGAGGAGGAGGAUGGCAGCUCAGCAUGUCCAGUAACGGAACCCGCGCAGAAAGCAGAACCGCCGCCGGUUCGGUCCAACUGCCUGCCAUGGAGAGAGCGCGGCCCAUCACGGUGAAGGUGUCCGCGGUGAGCCUGGCGCUCAGCUCGCUGUCCCUGCUGCUGCUGGUCACCUCCAUCUCCACCGACCACUGGUACCAGACCGACACCCGCAGGCACAAGCAGAACUGCGACGGUUCCGACUCCAACGACCAGAAGAACCGGGAGAUGCCCAUCUACCACCUGCCGCUGGUGGACACCGGCGGCGCCGCGGCCCGGCAGCGGGACGUGGCGCUGAUGAAGCCCGUGCAUGUGGGCAGCAGGGAGGAGGAGCUGCUGGAGAACUGGCGGGCCAUCCUGGGGAUGGGCAUCCUGGAGACGGAGUGCGGCAGGCCGCUGUUCUCCACGCACUCCGGCCUCUGGAGGAAGUGCUACUUCAAGGGACUGGACCCGGACAUCGACAAGCUGAUCGAUCGGGGUAUCGCAGAUCGCUGCACAGCUGUGAAGUACCACUUCUCUCAGCCAAUCAGAUUAAGGAACAUCCCCCUGAACCUAACCAGGACCAUCCAGCAGGACGAGUGGCACCUGCUGCAUCUGCGGCGCAUCACGGCAGGCUUCCUGGGCAUGGCGGCCGCCGUCCUGCUGUGCGGCAGCAUCGUGGCGUCGGUCGGCUUCUUCUGGGAGGAGAGUCUGACGCAGCACGUCUCCGGCCUGCUCUUCCUCAUGGCAGGGAUCUUCUGCACCAUUUCUCUGUGCACGUAUGCAGCCAGCGUGACCUAUGACCUCUCCAGGAACCCACCCUUCAUCUACGGCCUCCCGUCCGACGUGGACCACGGCUACGGCUGGUCCAUCUGCUGCGCCUGGGCCAGCUUGGGUCUGACCGUCGCCUCUGGCUGCCUCGGAACCGCCUUCCCUUUCCUCAGCCGGGCCGGCGCGCUCCGAUCCAAAACGGCCCGUGAAUCCUCCGUGUGAACCGCCGGUACCGGCCAUGCGACUUUGGACCUCAAGUGGACAGACUCACCUGUCUGUAGAUCCUUUAUGUAGGUAGCUCCCCCUGGUGGAGGUAAACUAUGGGAGUGUUAACUGAAUCCAGUUGGGCUCUGAACACAGCAGACUUUCAGGUGUUCUGCUAUGAUAUCACAGGUGGGCGUGGCCACACGGGCGCCGCUCCUCACAGUUUCUCCUGAGAGCUUUUAUUUUGGAGGAAGAGGCAUUUUUUCAUUCCACUGGACUGCCCACUGCCCAGAUCUGGACUUGUUAAAAAUCACAGCUCGUUAACAUAUCUGAACUCGUUAACUCAACUCGUUAACAUCUCUGGACUCAUUAUCUCGACUUGUUAAAGUCUCUGGACUUGUUAUCUUGACUCAUUAACGAGAUAACGCGUUAAUGUCGACAUUGACAAGUUGACAUUAAUUCGACUUGUUAAUGUCUCUGGACCAGUUAACAUCUUUGGACUCAUCAAAGUAUCUUGACUCGUUAAAGUCUCUGGACUCGUUAUCUCAACUAGUUAAAGUCUCUGGACUUGUUAACUCCACUAGUUAAAGUCUCUGGACUCGUUAUCUAAACUUGUUAAAGUCUCUGGACUCAUUAACUCCACUAGUUAAAGUCUCUGGACUCGUUAUCUCAACUAGUUAGUCUCUGGACUCGUUAACUCGACUAGUUAAAUUAUCUGGACUUGUUAACUCGACUAGUUAAAGUCUAUGGACUCGUUAUCUCAACUAGUUAAAGUCUCUGGACUCGUUAACUCCACUAGAUAAAGUCUCUGGACUUGUUAACUCGACUAGUUAAAUUAUCUGGACUCGUUAACUCCACUAGAUAAAGUCUCUGGACUCGUUAUCUCAACUAGUUAAAGUCUCUGGACUCGUUAACUCCACUAGAUAAAGUCUCUGGACUCGUUAACUCGACUAGUUAAAGUCUCUGGACUCGUUAUCUCAACUAGUUAAAGUCUCUGUUCCCAUUAACUCGGCUGCUUAAAGUCUCUGGACUCGUUAAUUCGACUAGUUAAAUUCUCUGGACUCGUUAACUCCACUAGAUAAAGUCUCUGGACUCGUUAAUUCGACUAGUUAAAGUCUCUGGACUCGUUAUCUCAACUAGUUAAAGUCUCUGGACUCGUUAACUCCACUAGAUAAAGUCUCUGGACUCGUUAAUUCGACUAGUUAAAUUCUCUGGACUCGUUAUCUAAACUUGCUAAAGUCUCUGGACUCAUUAACUCCACUAGUUAAAGUCUCUGGACUUGUUAUCUCAACUAGUUAGUCUCUGAACUCUUUAACUCGACUGGUUAAAGUCUCUGGACUUGUUAUCUCAACUAGUUAGUCUCUGGACUCAUUAACAUCUCUAGACUCGUCUCAGCUUGAUAAAUUUGUGGAUACCAGGUCUUUCUCCAGGUCUUUCUCCAGGUGAUCAUCUGAUUGGAUGAAACAAACGUCUCUAGUGAGCGCGCUCAGAAGUUUCAGUCUGUAGGACGAACUGGGCAAGUGGUUGCUUAAGAACCGGACCUGCAGAACGGACCUGAAACUCAGCUGCUCCUGUCCAGAAUUCUGCUGCUCAGGUCCGGUUCCAUCAGAACCUGUAGGUGAGCCAAUCGUACCUAACCGGGUCAAUGGGUUGGUUGGUUCUGGCUGGAGAAGCCGAGAGAUUGGUUCUGUGAAUGUUGGACCACAGCCUGGAUGUAAAUACUGUAAAUGUUCUGAUCCGGUAUUAUUCUGCAGCCGUGUUCUAAUAGUUAUGAUCAUUCAGCUACUGAGCCACAAACUGGAAGGAACCAACCGGACCGAACCAGUUUCCAGGUCAGAGAGUUUAUGGGUCAGAAAAAACAGAACCAGGUGCAUUCCACUGACCACUCUGGUUCUGCCUGCUUUAUGGCAGAAUCCGCUCCCGAACCAGAGUCUGGAUCCAGCUGCUUCCCAGAUGGAACUUCAUCAGAACCCGGUAUACCUGUCCAGUUCUGUUCCUGUGGAGCCGGGUGAGGAACUCCUGGAUCAGAACCAGAUGCCUCAAGUCCGUCUCAGCCGUCCAGGUUUCUGUCCUCAUUGCCCAGAGACUCUCUGACCUGUUAAUGUCAGCUGCAACCGAUCCCUUACAGAACUUUGUGCUGGGUUCUGCCCCCCCGCUGGGUUCUGGAGGUGCCUCUGUAUCCACUGAUGUCAUUCUGAGAUUCUGUAAAUAAACGAUGUAACGCCUCCAUGUGGCUUCAUGUCUUUGUUUCUUACAGCUAAAAUGUGAGUAACGGCCUUUGACCUUCAGAUACUCAUGACCGGGCCGGUUCUUCUGGGCCUGUGUGCUGUGUUGCUGAAGGUCGGUUUCUAAUUCACCGUUUGGGCCUGCAGAUGUGUGAAGUGAGUCAGUGUGAUUUCAGAGAAACAUGGUUUCUAGAAGCUGCUGUGAGGAUGAUGAGCACCGACUCGUCCUCUCUGCUGCGGAAACCGAGCCACAGACAGGAGAACCGGUCUGACACCAAGUCCAGUUCAACGCUGGAACAUCUGCUGCAUCCAGAGAGACUUGAUGGAGGGGUGAUGGAGGCCCCCAUCAAAAUACCGUGUGAGGCCUGUGGUACUGACCGUGGGUCAGAUUGUUCCAGUUUGAUGAAGAUCUAUGGAGGAAUCCACUGAACUCAAAGGUUAGCAUUCUCUCUGGCUGCAGCCUGUGUUAAACUCAAGGCCUGGGGGCCAAAACGUUUAAAUCCUUGGUAUAUUCUAAAAUGAGCAGGAGUUUGUCAGGGCUGGUCUAGAGAGUGAAGACAGGAGAGAGCAGGUCUGAGAUUAAACUAAAACUUUCCUGGUAAGCAGUAUUUAACACCGAAUUAGAGAUGAAAACUGGGAGCCGAGCCGCAGCUCGGUACCAAACGAACCGAGGCUUCUGACCCGCUGCUUGCCCU